AUGCGAUACGGUGUUAGCAACUCAAGAGCCUCGGAGGGUUUCACGGCGAGCCCCGGAUGUACGACAAUACAUCGAAGCGCGAUCUCGGCAACCGCUACCCAAUUCACCAACCACCUGCUUGGUGUUUACGCGUUCAGCCAUCGUCGGGUGGGUAGCCCCUGGCUAUUUAACCAGUACCCAACGGAACUCGUAAGUGCGCCCGAAUCCAACCGCAAUACACCGACCACCCGGACUACUUUUCGAAAAUGUCAAAAGUUGGACAUGUCUCGACACCCAGAAGCCACCGACGAAGCACGUGAUCAGUCCGCACCGGAGACAGGAGUCAGGAGUCUACCGGCACGCGCGUAA